AUAGCUAACCAAACGUCAAUUUGCAGCAUAGAGUGCAGUUUACAGCCCCAUUAAUUUAUCACAUUGUUACAAUUUUUAACACGAGGAAUUUGUAUAUUCUUAUUUUCAAGUUUUUGUUGUUUUAAUAAUUAUCCAAGAUGUACCCCGUUGGCCAACCUCCAGCGGGGGAGACGAGUGCUGGUGCGGUGGGUGUGUCAGGAGCUGUGAGUGCAGCGGCGGGCACCACAAGUGCAGCACCAGGGGCACCAAGUACUGCACUAGCCACAGGCACGUCUCCACCUGGUGUGACAAGUGGAACUGGCGGCUUGUCGCUCGUGUCACCUGCAGCUCCUCCACCACCCGACCUACCCGUGCUGACUUGUCCUCGACGACCAAACUUGGGUCAUGAAGGAAGACCAAUCAUGCUUCGUGCUAAUCAUUUUCAAAUAUCUAUGCCAAGAGGAUUUGUACAUCAUUAUGAUGUAAAUAUACAACCUGACAAAUGUCCUAGGAAGGUAAAUAGAGAAAUUGUUGAAUCUAUGGUACGCAAUUACAAUAAAAUAUUUGGUGCUUUAAAACCUGUGUUUGAUGGUAGAAACAAUUUAUAUACAAGGGAUCCCUUGCCUAUUGGCAAUGACAGAGUGGAAUUAGAAGUAACUUUGCCUGGAGAAGGAAAGGAUAGAGUAUUUCGGGUUACAAUCAAAUGGGUUGCACAAGUGUCAUUGUUUGCUUUAGAAGAAGCAUUAGAGGGUCGUACGAGACAGAUUCCAUAUGAUGCAAUCCUUGCGUUGGAUGUUGUCAUGAGACAUCUCCCUUCAAUGAUGUACACUCCAGUGGGCAGAUCUUUCUUCUCAUCGCCAGAAGGAUAUUAUCACCCUCUUGGUGGGGGUAGAGAAGUGUGGUUUGGUUUUCACCAGUCUGUGAGACCGAGCCAGUGGAAAAUGAUGCUUAAUAUUGAUGUAUCGGCAACUGCAUUUUACAAAGCCCAGCCUGUUAUAGAAUUUAUGUGUGAAGUGUUAGAUAUAAGAGACAUUAAUGAACAAAGAAAACCUCUGACCGAUUCACAAAGAGUAAAAUUUACCAAAGAAAUUAAAGGACUGAAGAUUGAAAUAACUCAUUGUGGUACCAUGAAGAGGAAAUACAGAGUGUGUAACGUUACUCGCAGACCUGCACAGAUGCAGUCAUUUCCUUUACAAUUGGAAAAUGGACAAACAGUAGAAUGUACUGUAGCUAAGUAUUUUUUGGAUAAGUAUAAGAUGAAACUCAGAUACCCACAUUUGCCUUGCCUCCAAGUAGGUCAAGAGCACAAACAUACAUACUUGCCAUUAGAGGUCUGUAAUAUUGUGCCAGGACAGAGGUGCAUCAAGAAAUUAACCGACAUGCAGACUUCCACCAUGAUCAAAGCAACAGCUCGCUCUGCCCCAGACAGGGAGCGCGAGAUCAACAACCUGGUGCGGCGCGCCAACUUCAACACGGACCUGUACGUGAAGGAGUUCGGCCUCACCAUCUCCAACAACAUGAUGGAGGUGCGCGGCCGAGUGCUGCCGCCGCCCAAGCUGCAGUACGGCGGCCGGGUCUCCUCGCUCGGCGGACAGCAAGCUUUGCCCAACCAGGGCGUGUGGGACAUGCGCGGCAAGCAGUUCUUCAUGGGCGUCGAGAUACGCGUGUGGGCCAUCGCCUGCUUCGCGCCGCAGCGGACCGUCCGGGAGGACGCGCUCAAGAACUUCACGCAGCAAUUACAGAAGAUAUCCAACGAUGCAGGUAUGCCGAUCAUCGGUCAACCGUGCUUCUGCAAGUAUGCGACUGGCCCGGAUCAAGUUGAGCCUAUGUUCAAGUAUCUCAAGUCAACCUUCGUGCAGCUGCAACUCGUUGUCGUCGUGUUACCUGGAAAAACACCCGUUUACGCCGAAGUGAAGCGGGUGGGCGACACGGUGCUGGGCAUGGCGACGCAGUGCGUGCAGGCAAAGAACGUCAACAAGACGUCGCCGCAGACCCUCAGCAACCUCUGCCUCAAGAUCAACGUCAAGCUCGGCGGGAUCAACUCCAUCCUCGUGCCCUCGUUGCGUCCUAAGGUGUUCAACGAGCCGGUGAUCUUCCUGGGGGUGGACGUGACGCACCCGCCGGCCGGCGACAACAAGAAGCCGUCCAUCGCGGCCGUGGUGGGCUCCAUGGACGCGCACCCGUCGCGCUACGCCGCCACCGUGCGCGUGCAGCAGCACAGGUACCACACGCCGACAGAAGCACGACAGGAGAUCGUCCACGAGAUGAGCAGCAUGGUGCAGGAGCUGCUGAUCAUGUUCUACAAGAGCACGGGCGGGUUCAAGCCCCAUCGCAUCAUCAUGUACCGGGACGGCAUCUCCGAGGGGCAGUUCAUACACGUGCUGCAGCACGAGUUGACCGCAGUUCGGGAGGCUUGCAUCAAGUUAGAAGCGGAGUACAAGCCGGGCAUCACCUUCAUAGUGGUACAGAAACGUCACCACACGCGGCUGUUCUGCGCAGACAAGAAGGAGCAGUCCGGCAAGUCGGGCAACAUCCCCGCCGGCACCACCGUCGAUCUGGGCAUCACGCAUCCCACCGAGUUCGACUUCUACCUGUGCAGUCACCAGGGCAUUCAGGGCACGUCGCGGCCGUCGCACUACCACGUGCUGUGGGACGACAACCACUUCGGCUCGGACGAGCUGCAGUGCCUGACGUACCAGCUGUGCCACACGUACGUGCGCUGCACGCGCUCCGUGUCCAUCCCGGCGCCGGCGUACUACGCGCACCUGGUGGCCUUCCGCGCGCGCUACCACCUGGUGGAGAAGGAGCACGACUCGGGCGAGGGCAGCCACCAGUCGGCGUGCAGCGAGGACCGCACGCCGGGCGCCAUGGCGCGCGCCAUCACCGUGCACGCCGUCACCAAGAAGGUCAUGUACUUCGCCUGAGGCGCUGCGGUGGCUCCUGUUGUCACGGUAGAUGCUUUGUGUUGAUAGUUAUUUUUUUAAGCGAGCUGAAAUCGAAGCGCUCCCGCGCCCUCGUCUCUGCGGCCGAUAUCAUUUUGUAAAAAGCUGCUAUCUCUAAGUGUACCGACUAAUUUUAGCUUAAAAGACACCAGAAACCGUAUUAGCCUUUAGUCUUUACCCUUCGUACGAUUGUAUUUCUAUCGAUCUCAUUAAGCUUUCGAUGGUUGUAGCUUUCGAAUCUGACCGUAUUCAUUCGUGAGACUUUGAACAGCUGCUAGCAGUUUUUGAAUGGAUGCUAUGUUGAGGCAAGUAGGGUUACGAAAUUGUAAAAGAUCACUGCUGCCACCUAUUAUUUUAAUAAUUUUAGAUUCUUCAUCGUAGAAAAUAUUAUCAACAUUUAAAAAUAAUAAAUAUUGUUCUAUAAGUAUAAAGAUCAUAUAAUUCGGUUGUAUUUUAAACUAUUUUAUUUUCUUGUUAUAGGAGACACUGAGAAACCUCAUAUAAUGCUAAAUUAAUCUACAUCUACUCAACAUUAACUCAAUUUAAUCAUUCAUUCAGUCAAGAGAGUCAACACAACACUAAAACAGUCAUAUCCUAAUGCAAUAUGACCGAAAUAUAAAAGUGAUUUUACACUAGGCAAGGUAGACUAAACGACGGAAGCGAACCGAUCACCAAAUAAAAUAUCUGUGGAAUAAAAGUCCAUUGCUCCGAUGAUGUACGAUAAUCAUUUAAUGCAGAACGUAUCAUGUUGUUUAUACAAGGGAGACAGCUGUCCUAUUUAAGCUAGCUUUAAGGAAAACAGAAAAUGGCUCAUAAUCUUUGGAUGUUAUUUAUAAUAAAUAUGAUCAUGGAUAAAUAAUCUUACUAACGAAAUCGGGUUAUGAUACUUCGACACUGUAGUUAAUUCAGUGUUACUAGAUUUCUAAAUAAUAAUAUAAAAUUAUAAAUUUUAAUUCAUUUGAAGUAACGACGAAACUGAGCAGCGGGUGCUCAUUAUUGUUUGCUAUUUUGUAUCAUUCUAACUUCUCACGUUCAUAUAUUAUAUAGAAUUAGAAUUAUUUUCGUUAUAUUUCCAUGUUUUCAUAGUUGGCGUUACAAUCGUAUGGUGUUUUAAAAUAUAUUUUUUAUUUAUCUUAAAAUCGGUUGACAACUACGUCUCAUAAUAUUUUUAUUACAGUUUCUUACAACAAGCUUGUAUUACAAAAUGGGCUAGGAUAAUACAGAAUUGUUGUUCAGAGACGAAUGAAUAUUGAGGUCUCUCGAAUUACCUUAAAUAGUUUGUAGAGAAACGGAACUAUAUAUUUCUAGGCAAAAGUUUUAUUAUAUCUUAAAAAUGUUGACGACAAAAAUACAACUUCAUGGAAUAUAAAAUGGCCCAAAAGCAAAUUAUAACUAGUUGUAAGUAGAAUACUUAUAAUUAUAAGUUUUUUUUUAAAAUAUUAACCUGUCAGCCAAAAUACAGUAGAAUAAACAUUGAACUAAUAUUUAAAUUUUGCCUUAAUGAAAUUGUGUCGGUGUGAUAGGAUUAGUGUUAAUAGUAUCAAUAACCAUAUUAUGCAAUUAAAUAAUGUCUCAGAUCUUUACUAAAAUGAAAUGUCAAAGCACCUUAUCGAAUGGAAUAGUUUAUAACUAGCUUAGCGGUAAGAGUCGUCUAAAAUGUAUACUUACUAGUAUUUUUCAAAUAUUCGGCUAUUCAGUGUAAUUCAGUAAUAUCUAACCGAUAUUAGUCAUUUUUAAAUCUAUUUAUCGAAGUUCAAAAUACAUCAAAAUAAUAAAUUGAAUUUCUUAUCUAUUUUGAACAACUUUUUUUUUUCUAUAUGUAAUAUUUAAAUAAAUGAUUUUAAGUCAUUUUGGAGAGGAAAGUUGCAAAUUGACGGCUACGUGUCUCUCGAAAUUACUUGUUCCAUAAUCUUUAAUAUUUUAAAUAUUAUGUCAUGUGUAGCCUAAGCCACGUCUCACAAGCCAACAAAUCUAACAGCACCACGAGUGUGCCGCCGUAUAUACUAUAACUAGAUAGAUAUAGUCAUAUAAUUUAUUUUUUAAUAUGAUUAAAAGAUUUUUGAACAAGGGCUUACGAUGAUGUCAUUAGAUGUAAGUAAUUUUAAUAUCUUUUUAAUCAGACGAUCUGGUAGACGAAGCCAAUCCAUAUUAAUAUUAAGUGACUAUGUUUUUUUUCCUUCAAAAUGUUAAUUUAUUCUAAACGGUUAUAUACCGAAACGAUUAGAAUUCCUUCAAUAUAUUUACACCGUCGAAUCGAUGAACUAUGGCGUUAGAAUUUAAGUUCGCUUAAAAUCGCAUUGAAUUAAGGGGCAAUAUUUUUAUAAAGUUAUAUAAUUAUCUAAACAUCAUUUAAAAUACAUGUAUCCGUAUUUACCUCACAUAAUAGCAAAAUGACAUAGUCAAGUAAGGGUACACUUAAGUAUAUAACAUAUUACGAAUUAUAAGCGGUAUGUCAUUUACUAUUUUAAAAAAAUAGACGCACUUUAUUAGUACCUAAAACUUUUUAACAAAUAACAUAUUAUUGUAUUCUUAAAUAGUUUAAUAUAUGUCUUUUAAACUGUAUCCAAUCAUUAUUAUAUAUAUUCACAUAGAAGUAUAGUUGCUAAGAAACCUACUUGACUAUGUCUAAUUAGUUAUAAAUGGUUUUAUACAAGGAUGGUCAUUGUACAUUUUUUUUUAUUCGUAUGUCCAAUGUUAUUUUAAUUUAGACACGUUAUUUUCAUACAUAACGUACUUUUAAUCUGACUAAAUUUAUCUUUAUAUACAUUUAUAUUAUAUUUUGUUUAUAUAAGAAAAAAAUCUUCUAAAACAUUAAAUCAUUGUUGUUAAAUGAGAUACAAAUUGUAUUUCUUAUAAAUCCUUUCAAAUGAAUGAUAAUACAUAACAAAGCGCGUGUUUAUCGCGACGUUUUUGGGGCGUUUUGUGAGCCAGUAACGUGUCUAAAGGUUAAACGUCAUUGCGUAAAACAUACUAAAUAUUUUACGGAUUUUUCUCUAAUAUGAAUGAAAAGUUUUUUUUGCGUUGUAAAAUAAAUAUGAUUUAUUUUGUAUGACGAGAUCAAAUGUGUGUUUAUAAUAAAAGUCAUCAAUUGUAUAGCGGGUUGAUUUGAAGAAUGUCAUAAAUGACCCGUUAAAUAUGAUUUGAAAAAUGCUAAUAAUCUUGUGUUACAUCUAUUUGCGGUCUCGUAUUCUUAAUAUCGAGGCGAUAAUUUUAAAAUACCGAGGAUUAAAUUUAAGAAUUAGUGAUUCAAAACUUAAUUUUAAUAAGUACUAUAAUUAUUAGAAUCUUAGUUCAGAGUUCAAUAAUAAUAUAUUCAUUUGUACACUCCGAUACCAAAAGUAUGUUUCUGUUUCUAAUGUACCGCCUUUAGUUUUAAAUAAUUAAUAAUAAAUUUUUGCAAUGUAAAUCCUUUUAAUAUGAAAUAUCAUUUAAUGGACGAAUGUAACUUUUAAUCAAAUUAUCUUUUUGAAAAUUAUGUUUAGAUAUAACGAAUGACAUACUGUAGAGUAUUUUGUAAACUGUCACUGCUUGAAAAUUUAAAUGAGACCAUCGUACCGCCAUACAUUUAGUAGUUAUUGUAGUAGAUAGCUUAUAAUUUUUCUAUAUUGCACACAAUUUUUUAUUGUGUAGAAUCCACCAAUUAAGGUUUUGAUAUAGACUGUAAAAUAGUUUCCAAAUUUCUUCGUGCAGGGUAUGCGGACAUUUGAAUAAUGUAAUUGUUGCGCUCAAUUUGCGUACUAAAUAUACUGUUAUUUAUUAUUUUUAAUAAGUAAUGACGAAGAAAAUGUAUUACUUUUAAAAAUGUUAUAGUUGGUGAUGAAUUGUGUUCGCGCACAUGAAACAAUUUGCCAUACAAUGGGAUAAGAUUUAGUUAUACGAACGCAAUAAAAACGCUGUAAUCUAAAAUAUUUUUAUACACGUCCCUAAAUCGGUAAAUAAAUUUGCGCGCACAUGAUUUUUCAGGGCCAUAGACAAAUUUGCUGGUAUUUGUAACGUAAACUAUGGUCUUUAUAAACUCUAGUAGUGUGAUAUUAAUCUCACUAUUCCCUUAAUGCCAACGGAACGGCAAAUGGAACAAGGUGUAUCAUCAGAUUUUUUUAUUUCAUGUAUAUGUUCAAAAAUAAAUUCAUAAUUUUAUACAAACCUUUUGCAUAGCUGCUUCUAAGCUAACUUUAGUGUGAUAAAUGAAAUCUUUAUUAUUUAGUGCAUUAAUUAACAUGACCGCUGUUUUGUAUAUUGUAAACAAAUCCGCCUUCUUUAUUCUGAAUGAAAGUGUACUCGUCCGUUAAUACGUUCCCCUAGAAACUAUAACAAACAUAUCCCUAAUAAAUCGAUAUUUGACCAAA